GUGCUAUAAUGCGCAGGGCGGCAUCGUUACAGCACAACCGUGGAACCCUAAUUCCACGAAUUCAUUUUCCAAUAUAAAUACAACCGCAGCCACUUAUACAAGUUCUUGGCGAAGUGGCUACGAAGCUCUGUAGCUAGGGUUUUCUGAAACUUUCAUAAUGGGCAAAGGAACAGGAAGUUUCGGUAAGAGGAGGAACAAGACUCACACACUCUGUGUGAGGUGCGGACGCCGCAGCUUUCAUCUUCAGAAGAGUAGAUGCGCUGCCUGUGGUUACCCUUCAGCCCGUACCAGGAAAUAUAACUGGAGUGUGAAGGCCAUUAGGAGGAAAACAACCGGAACUGGUCGUAUGAGGUACCUCCGACACUUGCCCCGCAGAUUCAAGACCAACUUCAGAGAAGGGACUCAAGCAACUCCUAGGAAGAACAGUGCAGCCGCUUCCUUUUAAGGUGUAGGAGGAAACAUUGGGGCGUGAUUUUGGUAGUCAAUUUUAAUUUCCGUUUUCAUGAAUUCUGGAAAUUAUUUUCCCGGUUUUGUUUGAAGAGUGUCAUUGACUCAGCUAUUUUAUUGGAGAUGGAUGAAUGACAAUUUAUUAACAUCCUUUUCUUUUUAUUAU